UCUGGGUUCUUGGCCGUCCUUAGCACUGACUUGUGGGAAAUGUAGUCCCGACCACUAUGACAUCACCAGAAGGGGCUGUGGAUAUCGAACUUCUGUGGUUCGGCCUUCAAACUUUGCUUCUCCCCAAAGUUAGACGACUGUCCUGCUCAGCGCUGGGCUUGGAUCUCUGACAUGGAGCAUCUGCUGUCAUUCUGGGAUGUGGCCAUUUAUUUCUCAGCACAAGAGUGGGAAUGCCUAGGCCCCACUCAGUGGAAUUUGUACAGGGAUGUGAUGCUGGAGAAUUUCAGCAACCUUGAGUUCCUGGGUCUUGCUUCCUGUAAGCCAUACCUCGUGACAUUUCUGGAGCAAAGACAAGAGCCUUCAGAUGUGAAGAGACAAGCAGCAGCUGCCGUGCACCCAGGAACAAAAUGCUAUACAUGUCAAGACUGUGGCAAAGCCUUUGAUUGGAACUCACACCUUAUUAAACACCAGAGAAUUCAUUUACGCGUGAAGCCCUAUAGGUGUGAAGAAUGUGGCAAGGCCUUCCGUGCUCCAUCAUUACUUUCUGUGCACCAGAGAGUCCAUACAGAAGAGAAGUCUUACAAAUGUGAAGAAUGUGGCAAAAUGUUUUAUUAUUCCUCAAAGCUUAAGGAGCAUCAAAAAAGUCACUCGCAAGAGAAACCCUUCAAGUGUGAGGUGUGUGGCAAGGCCUUCAGAUCUUCCUCACAUCUUUAUACUCACUUGGGAAUCCAUUCUGGAGAGAAACCCUACAAGUGUAAAGUAUGUGACAAGGUCUUUAGAACUUCCUGGCAACUUUCUAGUCAUGUGAGAGUCCAUUCUGGAGAGAAAGCCUACAAGUGUGAACAAUGUGGAAAAGCCUUCUCUACUCAUUCGUACCUUUCUCAACACAAAUUAGCUCACACUGGGGAGAAACCUUACAAAUGUGAAGCAUGUGGCAAACUGUUCUACUGUACUAAAAACCUUAAGGAGCAUCAAAGAAUUCAUUCUGGAGAGAAACCCUAUAAGUGUAACGAAUGUGGCAAAGACUUCAGAACUUACACAGCACGUUCGAAACACCAAAGAAUUCAUACAGGAGAGAAACGUUACAAGUGUGGCGAAUGUGGCAAAACCUUUCACCAGUCUUCUGGUCUUAAACAGCAUCAAAGAAUUCACCUAGAGCAAGAGCCCUAUAAGUGCGAAGAAUGUAGUAAGGCCUUUCGUUUUCCAUCACUACUUUCUGUACACAAGAGAAUUCAUACAGGAGAGAAACCUUUCAAGUGUGAUGUGUGUGGCAAGGCCUUCCAUACAUCACCAUUACUUUCUAUGCACAAGAGAAUUCAUACAGGAGAGAAACCCUACAAGUGUGAAGUGUGUGGCAAGGCCUUCUGUUUUCCAUCACUGCUUUCUGAACAUAAGACAAUUCAUACAGGAGAGAAACCCUUCAAGUGUGAAAUAUGUGGCAAGGCCUUCCAUGCUCCAUCAUUACUUUCUAAACACAAAAGAAUUCAUGCAGAUGAGAAACCCUACAUAUGUGAAGAUUGUGGUAAGGCCUUCCAUAUUCCAUCAUUACUUUCUGUUCACAAGAGAAUUCAUACAGGAGAGAAACCCUUCAAGUGUGAAGUAUGUGGCAAAGCCUUCCAUGAGCCAUCAUUACUUUCUAAACACAAGAGAAUUCAUACAGAUGAGAAACCCUACAUAUGCGAAGAUUGUGGUAAGGCCUUCCAUAUUCCAUCUUUACUUUCUAAUCACAAGAGAAUUCAUACAGGAGAGAAACCCUUCAAGUGUGAGGUAUGUGGCAAGGCCUUCCGUGCUCCAUCAUUACUUUCUAUGCACAAGAGAAUUCAUACAGAUGAGAGACCCUGCAAGUGUGAUUUAUGUGGCAAGGCCUUCCGUGCUCCAUCAUUACUUUCUAAACACAAAGGAAUUCAUACAAAUGAGAAACCCUACAAGUGUGAAGUAUGUGGCAAGGCCUUCUGUUUUCCAUCACUGCUUUCUGACCAUAAGAAAAUUCAUACAGGAGAGAAACCCUACAAGUGUGGGGAAUGUACAAAAACUUUCUGUAAAAAGUCAUACCUCGCUCGGCACAAAUUAACUCACACUGAAGAGAAACCUUACAAAUGUGAAGAAUGUGGCAAACUGUUAAAAAAUACUAAAAACCUUAAGAAUCAUCAAAGAAUCCAUUCUGGAGAGAAAGCCUACAAGUGUGAACAAUGUGGAAAAGCCUUCUCUUUUCAUUCGGACCUUUCGCAACACAAAUUAGCUCACACUGGGGAGAAACCUUACAAAUGUGAAGCAUGUGGCAAACUGUUCUACUGUACUAAAAACCUUAAGAAGCAUCAGAGAAUUCAUUCUGGAGAGAAACCACACAACUGCAAAGAAUGUGGCAAAACCUUUCGUUGGAACUCACAACUUACUAACCACCAGAGAAUUCAUUUAAGAAUGAAGCCCUAUAAGUGUGAAGAAUGUGACAAAUCCUUCUGUAUUCCAUCAUUGCUUUCUGUACACAAGAGAAUCCAUACGGGAGAGAAACCUUUUAAGUGUGAAGUAUGUGGCAAGGCCUUCCAUGCUCCAUCAUUACUUUCUAUACACAAGAGAAUUCAUACAGGAGAGAAACCAUAUAAUGAAGUAUGUGGCAAGGCUUUCAAUGUUCCAUCAGUACUUUCUGACCACAAGAACAUUCAUACAGGUGACAAACCUUGUAAGUGUGAAGUAUGUGGCAAGGCCUUUCAUACUCCAUCAUUGCUUUCUGCUCACAAGCGAAUUCAUACAGGAGAAAAACCCUACAAGUGUAAAGUAUGUGGCAAGGCCUUUCAUACUCCGUCCUUAAUGUCUGUACACAAGAGAAUUCAUACAGCGCACUAUAAGUGUGAAGUAUGUAGCCAGAUCUUCAGCACUUUCUGUCAAAUUUCUAGUCAUUUGGUAAUCCAUUAUGGAGAAAAACCAUACAAAUGUGAGGACUGUAGAAAAGCCUUCACUACAAAGCCAUACCUAACUAAGCACAAAUUACUUCACAAUGGGGAGAAAUUUUACAAAUGUGACAAAUGUGGCAAACAGGUCAACAGUUCUAGAAGCCUUGGGGAGCAUCAAAGAACUCAUUCUGGAGAGAAACCGUACAAGUGUAAAGAAUGUUGCAAAUACUUCAGAACUUACACAGCAUGUUCUAGACACCGGACAAUUCAUAUUGUAGAGAAACAUUACAAGUGUGGAGAAUGUGGCAAAAUGUUUCACCAGUCUUCUGGUCUUAAGCAACAUCAAGGAGUUCAUUUAUGAGAGAAACCACACAAGUGUGAAUAAUGUGCCAAGGUCUUUUGGACUUAGUAAGAACUUUUGAAACACCUCAUAAUUCGUACUGGAGAGAAAUUCCACAAGUUUAAAAAAUGUUGCAAACCUUUUAAUAAGCUUUCUAAUAUUUCUCAACACAAGGUAGUUCAUAGUACAAACAUUUAAGAUGUUCAUAAAAUGUUUUACUCAUCUUCAGAUCCUAAACGAUACGAAAUUUUUCAUUGUGAAUAAGCUUUGCAGGUAUGGAGAAUGUGGUAAAACCUUUAAAAUAUUUCACACCUUAACGAGCAUGAAAGAAUUUAGAGUGGAAGGCAGGCAUACACAUUUAAAAAAUGUAGAAAGUUUACUAAUCAAUGAACACUUUCUGACAUCCAUUGGAAUUUAUCUUAAAGAGAAGCAACACAAUUGUGAAGGAUGGAACAGUGCUUUUGAAGGAUCCUCAUAAAUUAAGCAAAAAGAAAUUUCUCAUACUAAGCAACAACCCAACAAAUGUUGAGAGUGUUGGGAAGAUAUUGUUUAUUAUUCAGCCCUGAUGAUCAUCAAGGAAAUUGCACAGGAGUCUCUGCAAAUGUAAAAUAUGGUUAAGCAUUUAGCUGUAUCCACAUCAUAGGGCUCAUAUUAGUAAGGUGUACUACAAAUGCUAAGAUUAGGGCAAGGGUUUUUACCUUACUCUCAUGUCAGAAGUGUCCUCUGAGACUUUCAUACUAGUGAGACGCUCUACACACCCAAGUAAUAUGAAAAAGUUUCAAUAACAUCACUAAUUAUCAUCAAAACAAAUCUACACACCCAAAUGAUGUGGAAAACCCUUUGAAAAUGUGUUUAUUCUUCAUCAACACUAAAGACUCUUCACUGAUGAGAUGUUUAACAAGUCCUGAUGACGUAUGCCACUUCUGCUCUCAACUUCAGAGAAUCAAUAUGUGAAAGUCUCAGUUCGGUAGGUGACUGGUUUUGAUUGGCCCAUUGAACAUGUCUAUGAGUCAUUUUCAUUAAUGCUGCUUGAUGUAGGAGAAUCUGGACCACUGGAUGAUGGCAGUGCACCUUGCAUGUGCCACGCUUGGCCAGAUGGUCCUGGGGGUAUAAGAAUGCUGGCUAACCCAAGCCAAAGUGAACACAGAAAGCAGCAUGCCUCUGUGGUUUCUACCUCACCUGUUGCCUCUAGAUUUCAGCUAUGUCCUUCUACAUAUGACUCUGGCAGUAAUUUUGUUCAACAUGUAUACAUCAUAACAAAUUAUAUGUGAAGGCAAAGAAUGUAGUAAAUAUGUCAUCCUUCCUAAGAUAGUAAGGACAAGAAGAGAUCAGUGUAAAUGAUCAAUUCUGUUAAUGGGGAGUGUUAAAAAUGUGAGGUAAUACUUGGAGUUAAUGCAACAUCAUUGUUUGAUGUGCUGGAAAAAAAAAAAAAAAACAAACAAGUCAUUGGUGCCAGAAUCAUGCAGCUCAUUCAAGACCAAGGCUAUCAACUUGUUAUAACACCAAAUAAUGACAUGCUCUCAGUUAUUCAAGAUGCCAGCUUUAUGAGAGAGGGAAGUAUAGAAUCUAUUAAGGAAAGCUUCUAGCAGUGAGUGGAGCAUGACUAGGAGAGAGGCUAUGUGUCUUUUGUUAAGUGGAAGGGUGGGACCACGUGAGUCCUUUGGAGUCAACCCCAAGGCAGCAGAAGUCCCAGAUGUCAAAAAUGGAGCUGUCACAUUGUGUUUUUGUCCUGGAUUUGGAGCUGAUCCUUCCUUGCUGUCAUGUGUUUUGUUUUUUUGUUUGUUUGUUUGUUUUUGUUUUGUUUUUACUGUUUGGGAUCAGAAUGUUCUAUGCCAAUGUGUGGUACAGGUAGUCACUAGUUUUUAUGUUAUAGGAGCUGACAGUUUACCUUGAGUCUCACAUGAGAUGUGGGCUGGGAGUCUGUCAUACUCUUCAAACUGUUCAGUACUUUUGUGAACUUUUCAAGUUGGAUCCUAUUUUACUUAUGAGAUGAGUGUAAGAGUAUGAAAAAGGGAGAGAAUGUUAUAACUUAAAGCUUUGUAGCUGGAGCUAGUAUGAUGGUUUUGGGAAUAAACUUAAUUGCUACCAAGAGCAACAACUAUAUUAGUAUUCUUUUUGUUGUUGUUUUUGUUUUUUAAAAAUUUUUAUUUGUUAUAUAUUACUAUUUAUUCACUUUGUAUCCUGGCUGUGGCUGUAUUAGUAUUCUUAGUAACAACAAGUUAGAAAGAGGAAAUUACCUCUGAAGGUUGUCCUCUGAUCUCUAUGCAUGGGCGCGCACACACACAUACAUAUGUGGACAGUGUCAAAAUAAACUUAAAUUAUGUUUUGAAUUGUGUUUAUAUAGACAAGGUUUAAGAAGUAAUACUUAAAUCCCAGUUGUUCACACAGUGAGCUCUAGAGAGGAAAACCUGUGGUUUUUCAUUUGCAGGGCUUAUUUUGAUUAAUUUAAUUGAAGUCAGGAGACCUGUUGAUUGUGCUUGGAAGCAUCUGUUUGACUGAGGUGCUGGAUGGUAUAAGGAGAGAACACUCUUCAUCUAUCUCUUGCUUCCUCACUGUGGCUGGAAUAGGACCAGUUGCUUUAAGCUCCUGUUGUUUUAACUUUCUCACCACUUGUGGUGAUUGAAUAAGAAUUGCCCCCAAGGGCCUGUAGAUUUGAAUGUUUAGCCAUCCAGUAAUGACACUACUUGAAAAGGAUUAAGAAAUGUGGCAUCACUGGUAUAAGUGUGUCAUUUUGGGAGUAGGCUUUGAGGUUUCAAAAACCCAGGUCCAGUGUCCUGCUCUUUAUACUGACUAUAUAUCCAGAUGUAGAAUUCUCAGCUAUUUCUCUAGCUGAGUCUGUUUGCAUUCCACCAUGCUCCCCAUGAUAAUGAUAAUGAACAAAACUUGGGAAACUGUAAACAAGCCCCAGUUAAAUGCUUUUUUUCUUAUAAAAUUUAUCUUUGUCAUGGUGGCUUCUCACAGCAAUAGAACAUUGGUUAAGAUGCCAUGGUAGACAGUGAUUUUGAACUAUGAUCCAAAUUAAACCUUUUCUAGUUGCUCUUUUGUGCAUAUUUUAUCACUGCAUUAGGUUACUAAAUCUUCAUGGCAAAUAAAAGUUUCAAAUGUGACAUUUAAUGUAUAUGAGUCAUGUAUUUUUCCAUUAUUAUCCUCCCUUUUGCCACUUUCUCUGAGAAGCAUUCCCUCUCUUCUUUUUACCUUGCCCACAGCCAUAUGAACAAACACAGAUGUAAUAUCAGUAUAACCUUUUGUAUUGUGGAUGAUGUUUUUUUUAUGUAAAAUGUAGAUAUGAUGUAUGUGGUUUCUGUGUGUAUACAAUUGAGUUUGAUAUUAGCUAAUGUAUUUUUUGCAUUUCCAAUGUUAAAUAAAGGUCUCUUCAUUUUAAA